UGUCAUUUACAUUGCCGCUUGUCAUUCUCAGAGUAUCAAAAAGAAACAUUUUAAAUUGAACUAACUGAGAUAGUUUUACAUUUUAAAAAAUAAUUUUCAAUCAAUAUGGCGUUUGCUGGUAAUUUUAUGAAUCCAGCACCUUUAUGGCAUAAUGGUCCAUCUCCUGGAGCUUUCUAUAGCUUUCCUGCAAAUACCACAUCUAUGGGUCCAUCCAAAGAGACAGUUGCAGACUUCAAGGCACACUCAGCCACUCCGAUUACAACCACAACUACUGUGAUCGGCCUUAAGUUCGACAAAGGCUGUGUGAUCGCCGCUGACACGCUCGGUUCCUACGGGUCCCUGGCCCGGUUCCGGGACUGUCCCCGAGUACUGAAGGUCAACGACUUGAUCCUGUUAGGAUCUGGCGGAGACUAUGCUGAUUACCAAUAUUUGAAAGAUAUCAUUGAACAGAAAAUUAUUGACGAACAAUGUAUCGGUGACGGUCUCAACUUGAAGCCUAAGUCUUUGCACUGCUGGUUGACUCGCGUGCUGUACAACAAGCGCAGUAAGAUGGAUCCCUUGUGGAGCAAUUACAUAGUGGCGGGAAUACAGGACGGAGAACCGUUUCUUGGAGCUGUAGACAAGCUUGGAACUGCUUAUGAAGAUGCAGCAAUCGCUACAGGUCUUGGAGCGUACAUGGCAACACCAUUACUAAGAGAUGCCGUUGAAAAAGGACCUAUAGAUGAGGAAACUGCUAAGAAUGUAGUCCGUAAAUGUAUGGAGGUGCUUUUCUAUCGGGACGCCAGAUCCUUCCCUCGCUAUCAGCUCGGGGUUGUGAACACCGAGGGGGUCACUGUAUCGGAGACCAUUGAACUCAAACAUGACUGGACCCUGGCCCACAUGAUACAUAUGAACUGAUUUAUAAUAUAAAGAAUUGAUGAUUUA